GGGCGCUGCUAUCCCUGAUGCCGUUUCCCCUCAGCGCCGUGCCCGGAGCAGGGCGGCGGGGGCCGCCGGGAAGCCGUCCGGCCGCACCGGGGCUGCUGGAGUGCGGUCGAUGCCGGUACCUGUGCACGUCCAGGGCCUGCUGCCAGCUGGUGGAAGCCCUGCUGGCCCUGCUGAUCCUGGUCUGCAGCUCCGUGUCCUACGGCUCGACGGGAGGGUACACGGGCCUGGCCAGCCUGGGGGGCAUCUACUACUACCACUAUGGCGGGGCUUACAGCGGCUUCAGCGGAGCAGAUGGGGAAAAAGCCCAGCAGCUCGACCAGCGUUUCUACCUGCUAAAGCUGCCGGUCGCAAGGGCGGCGAUGGCCGUGGGGGGGUCCCUCCUGGCCCUCUCCUGCCUUCUCAUCCUGGUUGGUGCGCUGCGGUUACCCUGGCGUUUCCCAGCGUGGCUGCUACUGGAGUGCAUCCUGGACGUAGCGAUUGCCAUUGGGAUGGUGCCCGCCGUCUACUACUUCUUCCAUUUUCUGCUGGGGGUUUAUAAUUCGUCGGUGUGCAAGGAGAGGGAGCAGCUCUAUGGAAGCAAAGGCUACCGGGGCUUUGAGUGCAGCCUGCACGGGGCAGAGAUCGCGGCCGGCCUCUGGGGCUGCAUGGCCGUGGUGGCCUAUCUGCUGAGCGCAGGCCUCGCUGCCAGGGGCUACAGGAGGGUCCGCCAACUGAAAGAGAAGCCAGCAGAAUUGUACGAGCUUUAGAACGAUUCCUCCCCUCCAGGAACGGUGGUGAUUCCUGCCAGGCUCCUUACCAAGAAGAGGCAGCUGCUUUUCCUUGAUUCUGGGCAGCGCAUCCGUAACGCUGUGGCAGAGCACACACCCAAGCACAGCUCUAAAUAGGGCACAAUCAAGCUGUUCCUCACUUGAAUUUGCAUUAUUAUUAUGGCUUGUCUUCAUCUGGUGGUAGCGUGGUUGUCCCCGUACAGUUGACUAGCACAGUCCCUGCUUCACAGGUCGCCUUUCCCUCCCCUCUGGCCGGGGCCUGGUUCGCCUCCAGUGAGGCCUUGCUACAAGCAACACUCCAUUCUUCUUCUUGGUGUAGCUGAAACUGUCUUUACAAAGGACGAGUGACUGUUCACUGAGAACAGAGCUCUUAAAAACGAGCAAUGGAGCCCCACGGUUGGGGCAGCUCACUAUUGCUUUCUUGAAGGCUUCUUGGAACCAAAGGGACAGUUUGAAAUUGGCGUUUCUAGAGCCAUCAGAGAAUGUGGAAAUAAACUUAGAAAAUGAUGAAUACGCUCAGCCUAAUUUGUGACACAGCGCCUUUCCCAGCUCUCCUGGAGAGGGCACAGUUUUGUGUGAAACAGUCUUUUGUAUAACCUGGAUGGAACAGUUUUAACUUAAAAAGAUGCCCUGAUUUGGGAUGAUCAGACAAAAGCUUUAUGAGCUCAAACAGGUGGUUUAAGAUAGAAGUAUAUUGUUUCCAAAAUACAUUUUUAACGUACAAGUUGGGGAAAUGAGAUACUACCCUUGUAUUAUCUAUUAAAAAAAAGGUGAAAUUUAAAAAGAAAAAAGUUUUAUAUGGAAUUUAACAGGGAAAAGAAAAGUAGCACUAGAAUCACAAAAUCAUGCCUUGGAAUGAACUGUCACUGUGUGCACUGUCCCUGUGAAGAUGGAACCACUACUGCUCUCAGACCCAUCCUGUCCAUAUUUAAAAAAAAAAUAAAAAAUCCCAGAAAUAUAAAACUAAA